AGAAAUGAGGUCUUCUGGAGACUCUGAGACUCCCUCCAGAGCAGGAGAUGUUGACCCCUACGCGUCCUCACUGCAAUUGACCCAAUCAAUGUGUGGGGCAGCUUUUAAUAGUGAAGCUGAAGCGCCCGGGGAGCAUUUCGGAGUAUCAGUGUCUUGCUCAAGGAUACCACAGCCGUGAGUCCGGGGGAUGUUGGUGGAUGGGCCAGUCGGGGUCUUGAACCUAGAUCCCCCACGGUGGCAGGCAAUGAUCUUAACCAUUGGGCCACGGCUGCCCAAUGGUUGCAGGGAAAUGUUCCAGACUCACCCGCAAUAGGCGAAAAUCCGCAAUAGGGAGACCAUCUAAAAACGUAGUUUUAAUUGAUCCCUACCAACCUUGACGUACGAGUUAAACACACUUAAACUAAUUGAAACACAUUGUAAACUAUUUGGGUGCAAAAAAAGUCAUUCCAAACCGUAUGAGUGUGUGUUUGUGUGUGUGUGUAUGUGUGUGUGUGUGUGUGUGUGUGUGUGUGUAUAUAUAUAUAUAUAUAUAUAUAUAUAUAUAUAUAAUGUUACAACUGCUUUCCUGCUUGCGUUGCGAAUGUCACAUGAUCAAACCUGGACAACAGGUAGCAGACUCACCGUGUAUGCUGCGAUAACUAGAAAAACUAUGGGUUGAUGCCCAAACUUGGUAAAAUUUCGUUCAAUAUGCAACACAUCUGUAUUUGUUUGUGCAGGUGUACUAGACCGACAGUAAUUUCUUGGCCAGUGAAUGUGCACACAACAGACAAGCUAUUUAUUAGAAUUUCUAUGUUCCUUUGGAGUCAAUUGUGCAUACAUUUUCUUUCUGUUGCCUAUACUUUCUGGCAGGCAUCCUGGUAUACCGCGCUCACAAAAUCAUCGAGUCGUGUCAGGAAGCGUUUAUCCUGCGACUGUUCCGACAGAAAAACAAGACGGGCUUCAUCAAAGCCUUCACCGACAAAGCCACAGCCUUUUCCUCAGGCUUCUGCCAGGUGGAGCGUGUGAUGCGGAACCUCUUUGUCAAGAAGCUAUACCUUUGGCCCAGAUUCCAAGCGUCAGUGAACACAGCCCUAGACAGACACAAGCCGGAUGUGGUGGAACUCCAUGUCUCAUUGACUCCUUCUAUGAAGGCCAUCCAGAGCUCCAUCUUGGACAUCAUGGGUGCCUGUCUGAAGGAGCUGAAAUGCUACAAUCCCACCUUGGAGGCGGAGGAUCUCUCCUUGGAAAACACACUUAGCAAUGCCUUUGAUAAGACCAUCCGCCAUUACCUGGACCCCUUGUGGCACCAGCUGGGAUCAAAGACGAAGGCGCUGGUCCAGGACCUGAAGGUCCUGCGGGUUCUGCUGCUGUACCUCACCCAGUACGACUGUGUCACGUUCCUCAAUCUGCUCGAAUCCCUUCGCUCCAGCCAAAAAAACUUUGGCUCCAACUCAGGGUGGCUCUUCUUGGACUCCAGUACCUCCAUGUUUGUAAAUGCCAGGUCCAGAGUAUACCACAUCCCAGAAAGCAAGAAGAAACUUAAAGUGGGAGCUGAAGCAGAAAAAAAACAGCCACCCUCCGCUUCAGAGGUGAAGCGGGUGCUGGUGCUGGAGAAGAGCCCAAAGUGGGAGGCUCUCUCUGAAGUCCUGCAGGAGAUUGAGAAUGAGAACAAGAACUCCCAGUAUGAACCAGGUCGCGUGCUGAUCUGCGCCAGCGAUGACAGGACUUGUGCUCAGCUGCAGCAGUACAUCAGGCACGGUGCAGAGUGGCUCCUGAACAGACUGUACACACGUACCAUCGCCAAACGAGAUCCGUCGGCCGCCUCUGCUUUUGAGUUGGCGAAUCACAAAAAAGACAAGGGCCUUCUCAAAAGCGGGUCCAAGGGAAAGGGCCGAGGGAACGCGAAAGGGAAGGAGCCGAAAAAAAAGACUAGCAAGGCUAAAAGCAGACCCUCUCUGACCUUGACUCAGAUGAUUGGUAAAGAGCAAACCGUUGAAGCGGCGGUGAUGGGCAGCAGUGAGGAUGAGGAUGACUUUGGCGAUGAAGACGAUAUGACGGAGGAAAAUGCUCUGAAGCUGGAUUUGUCAUCUGACGCUUACUACGCAGUCCUGAAGGAGCCCCUGAUGGUCAUUCACCCACUGAAGGGUUGCACGGACCCCCACAGCCUGACGCGUGUGUUACAUGAAGUGGAGCCCACGUUUGUGGUGCUUUACGACGCUGAACUCAGCUUUGUGCGCCAGCUGGAGCUCUACAAAGCCUGUCGACCUGGCAAGGCACUCAGGGUGUACUUCCUCAUCUAUGGCGGCUCAACAGAGGAGCAGAAAUACCUGACCGGGCUAUCCAAAGAGAAGAAAGCCUUUGAACAUCUCAUUAAGGAAAAGGCUACUAUGGUCAUCCCAGAGGAGAGGGAGGGACGAGAAGACACCAACUUGGACCUUGCCAGGAAUUUAGACCCUGCCAACGCCACCACCAACACUCGCAAAGCCGGAGGCCAAGACCAGCCUAAGGAGCCCUCCCGAGUCAUUGUAGACAUGCGUGAGUUCCGCAGUGAGCUUCCCUCUCUGCUCCACCGCCGUGGCCUGGACAUCGAGCCUGUCACUUUGGAAGUCGGGGACUACAUCCUUACGCCGGACAUUUGCGUGGAACGCAAGAGUGUCAGCGAUCUGAUUGGCUCAUUGCAGAGCGGUCGCCUCUAUACCCAGUGCCUCUCCAUGAAUCGCUAUUACAGAAAACCAGUGUUGCUCAUCGAGUUCGACCCGGCGAAGCCCUUUUCCCUAAUGGCCCGCUCCGACUUCCGCCACGAGAUAUCUGCCAACGAUGUUUCCUCCAAACUCACCUUGCUCACGUUACAUUUCCCACGUCUCCGCAUCCUCUGGUGCCCCUCGCCGCACGCCACAGGGGAGCUUUUUCUGGAGCUGAAAAAAGGUCGCAAAGAACCUGACGCCGUGGCGGCUCAAGCGGUCACAGCCGAAUCAGACGUGGUUGCUGAAUCGACAGAGCUCUAUAAUGCCGGGCCGCACGACUUCUUGCUCAAGAUGCCGGGGGUCAACACGAAAAACUUUCGAGCUCUCAUAAGAAAUGCUGACAGCCUGGCAGAUCUAACCAAACUGAGCCAGGACAAGCUGGCAGAAAUACUUGAGAAUGCCAGUAACGCCAAGUUGCUCUAUGCGUUCUUGCAUAAUGUUGCAGAUGUUCAAAUUCCACCACAAAAGGGGAACAAAGAUGCCAUCAAUUUAAUAUAGACUUUUUAAAAUAUAUUUUUCAUUUAACAGUGCAAAGUAUUUCUGUGCGAAUGUACAGAAUUAACUGAGUAUUACUAAGUAUUACACUGUAAAAAUUAUUUAAAGCCAUGAACAAAUCUUUUUUUACAUUAACUAUUUUGUGUCUUGUCAAAUAAAUCGAUACAGUCCAACGCUUAGAGUAAAAUAUAUGUGAAAUAUUUGUUCUGUCUGAAAAAAUAUAUUUGUAAUUCCAUCCAUCCAUUUUGUACAUGUUGCUUAGCCUCAUUAGGGUGACCCCCCCAGCUGACAUGGGGGGGUCAGACUACACAGUCAAUCACAGCAGGUCACGUAUCGAGACAGACAACCAUUCACACCGAAGGACAAUGUAUAGUCUUCAAUCAACCUGCAUGCAUGUUUUGGGAAUGUGGGAGAAAGGCUGGGUUUGAAUAUUCAGCAUUAACAAGUGCAGUACAGUAUAGUAAUUUGUUCGGAAUUAAUUUCAUCCAUCCAUUUUCUACCUGCUUAACCUUGGCACCACGAGAAAGUUGUUCAAUCACCGCUGCAGACAAAAAAAUUUGAAUGGCAACUGCAGUUGUUGGAGAGAUGCACGUCUUCUUCUUGACUAAUAUUAAGGUACCCUUGAGCAAGGCACUACCUCUGCCCCUCCAAACCCAACACAAGAGGUGCAGCACUGUUUACGUGCGCCUUUCACUCUGACAUUUUGCAUGCCUGUGGGUGUGAUACAAAAUGUAUACAGCAGUGUAAUAUGAUUAGU